CGGUACUUGAGGCUCGCAUGAAUCUCGUGCAAAAAGAAGGACAACGCUGUGCAGUGUGCAGCCUUAGGUAGUCCUAGUACCCACAGCAAACGGAUUCUUGCAAGUCAACACGGUCAGAAUGGCGGCUUCGAACGUAAACAAAGGUGGCAAACCUUUGCACAUAAAGUGAAGGUGCGGAACUGGAACCCUAUUCGCUGACAACCGUCAAUCUCCUUAACUUGAGAGAUAAGAGGACAUCUCUCUUGCGCCGUCCGCGGCAUUUGCGGCUUGCUAGUUCCAGAUCUAGAUCAGUAGAACAGCAUUUUGACCACCGUCAUGGUUCGGGAGGGGAUUUCUGUGUAUCAGGAGCUUAUAGCACAGAAUCUUUUGCUCCAGUAUUUACAGAAGGCCAAUGUAAAGGUUUGUGAAGCAGGAGAUGUGACAUCACAGUCCUUUGCCCGACAGGUGAAUGGGUUGGAUGCGCAGGCAGCACUCGCCAACAUGCAUGACAUUGCAAGGGCAUUGUUACAUAGUGGGAGGGAUAAGAAGAUCAAGAAUAAUGUGCUCAGCUUGCAGACCCUCCUGGUCGAGCACGCCAGGGGAAAUGUGCCGGACCCCAUCAUGACGCUUCAGAGUCUGUCAAAAGCUAUCUUAGAAAAGGGGGACGGAAAGGCAGCCGCUCCAGCUGUGGAUGCAAGCCUGGAAGUGGAUCUCUACAUCCACACACGACGGUCAAGAGAGACAACAUCACCCGGAAAGUUGACGAUCACGCUGGUGGGCCUGGAUAACAUUGUGGAACCACUGAAUCCAGAGCCACAAACCCCGAAAGACUCCCCAAUUGAAGCGUCCGAAAACAGCAAGAUCACCCCUUCGGCGCUGCCAGGCACAAAUAGCCUGGUGGUUGCGGAGUCGUCCCUCGUCGAGGAAGCGGGCAUCCCGAAGAAGGUUGCAUCGUUGGAGCGGGCAGCGCAAGUAGCCCUGCAAAGGGCGCGGUUAGCAAUUGCCCCCAACAGCAGCUCCAUCACCAACGUGGAAACCACUUCAACCAGCGGCCCGGAGCAUCUCCCCCCAACAUCCAUGGGUGUGGACCAGCCAAGCGCGCCCCCAGUCGACCCUUCCUCGGUUGACCCGCCAACCAACGUGCAGCACGUGCCCCCGCCUGACGCGCUUCAACGAUCAACCAGUUCACAGAGCACCGCCCCAGCUGACAGCACGCCCCUGACCGACCUGCAGAGCACUUCCGACUGCUCCUUCUCAGCGCCCCAGGUGAUCGUAUAUGCGGCACUAGCGCUCCACCGGGACAGUCAGCCUGUCGCACGUCGGCUGGUGGAGCUUCAUCCAGACAUAUUCCCCAACCUGUCGGCGCUGCACAAAGUGGGGGCCCUCCUAUAUGUAUCUUGCGAACAUCUACUCGCACAAGACGUUAGUCGUCUGCUUACAAUCACAACGGAGAGCGCGAGGACUGCGAACGAGGCAGCCUCAUCGUCGAAGCUCGCUGCAGACAAGGCCGAAGAAAGCGCAACGGCAAGUAAACAAAGCGCGGAGGCGAGCGCGCGCAGCGCGGAGGCGAGCGAGCGGAGUGAGCAGGCGAGCGCGCGCAGCGAGGCGGCAAGCGAGCGGAGCGCGGCUGCGAGCGAGCGGAGCAAAGACGCUAGUGAGAGAGUGGAGAAGCAGGUGCAGAUUCUGAUGAGUUGGAUGAAGGGGGCCGCCGUUGUUUGGCUUGGUACUAUGAUUGCCAAGCAGCUAGGGGUAUUUAAAAAGUCCUAAUAUCUUACUGUUACUGAGAUACGAGUUCCCCAAGUACCAAUCUGCAUCGGAUUGCCACAACCGACAAAGUCGUGCUUACGCUGCAGACAUGUGUCAAAGUGACCUGGCGAAUGACAUGCAUAUACUAAUGCCCAUCCGACACAACCUGAG